AUGGCGGCCACAGGCUACGGUUACUACCGUGUGGUCAUCUUCCUGUGCAUGUUCACUGGCUACUCACUGUAUUUCUUUAACAGGAAGACAUUCUCUUUUGUUAUGCCGUCUGUGAUGGAGGAGAUAGAACUGGACAAAGAUGACUUGGGUAUGAUCACCAGCAGUCAAACCAUGGCCUACGCCAUCAGUAAGUUCAUCAGCGGCGUGCUGUCGGACCAGAUUAGCGCCCGCUGGCUUUUCUCCAUCGGCCUCUUCUUGGUCGGAGGCAUCAACGUGGCCUUCUCUUGGUCUUCAACUGUGUCCAUGUUCUCCCUGCUCUGGUUCAUCAACGGCCUGGGACAGGGCUGUGGGUGGCCCCCAUGUGGGAAGGUGCUUCGGAAGUGGUAUGAGCCGUCCCAGUUUGGAACAUGGUGGUCUGUACUGUCCUGCAGCAUGAACCUGGCUGGAAGUCUCGGCCCGCUCAUGGUCACGGUGCUCCUGCAGUAUUACGACUGGAGGACGAUUCUGGCCAUGUCUGGUGUGUUCUGUGCUGCUUUCUCAUUGGUUUGUCUGGUAUUCAUAAAGAAUGAGCCGAAGGACGUGGGCCUUCCCAGCAUCGAAGCUGCAGCUAAAAAGGGUGUGAAAGGAGGCAACAGUGAGAGCACCCUGAGCGAAUUUCUCCUCUCUCCCUUCCUGUGGGUCCUCUCUCUGGGCUACUUGGUUGUUUUUGGAGUGAAGACUGCAGCCACUGACUGGGGGCAGCUAUUCCUCAUGCAGGAGAAAGGCCAAACUGCUCUCAUGGGCAGCACCUACAUGAGUGCACUGGAGGUCGGGGGGUUUGUCGGCAGCCUUUCGGCAGGUUUCAUCUCGGAUAGAGCCGUAGCCCGUAAAGGCUUGAGCAUUCAUGGCAACCCUCGUCAUGGCCUGCUCAUUCUCAUGAUGGCUGGCAUGUAUGUGUCCAUGUAUCUGUUCAGAGUGACCAUCACACCUGAAGUACCAAAGGAAGCUCCUUUGUGGGUCCAGGUCAUCCAUCCGGUGUCUGUUCUACUUGGAGUCUCAGAGAAAGAGAUUUGGAUUCUCUUCCUUGGUGCCAUGUUUGGGUUUUCUUCUUAUGGACCAAUCGCCUUGUACGGAGUGAUAGCAAGCGAAAGUGCUCCUUCCAAUUUCUGUGGAACGUCUCACGCCGUGGUUGCACUGAUGGCAAACGUGGGGGCUUUCAUGGCAGGGCUUCCCUUCAGCACUGUUGCCAAGCAGCACAGCUGGGACACGGCCUUCUGGGUAGCCGAAGUCAUAAUGGGCAUCACCACCAUUGCGUUCUUCCUUGUGCGCAACAUGCGCACCAAAAUGGGACGAAUCGCAGAGAAAAUGGACUAGUGCAUAUUUUUGGGGGGGUGAACUAUUCACACAGUACAGCACAGUGAUUUAAUAGGAGCUUUAUUAUACAAACUAAUGUCAAACACAAAUUAAUCUGAAGAUCUUUCCAUUAUAAAUUUGUAGAUACUCAGGGGGGCUGUAAUUUAAUCACUUUAUAUUUGUAAUGAAAUUGUCACUUACACAGAUUUAAAAUUCACCAGCACCAGCAUGCAGUCGAUUAGUUUUAUUCACAAGCUUCUGGACAGAUCUCUGGACGUAUGAUGCACUCUAAAGGAAGCCACUCUAGCAUGAAUGUCUUUACUGAUGUGUUGUUUUCUUUCUCAAAAUGAAUCAUUUGCGCUGUUCACUGCAUUAAUUACCUAAAGAAUGUAGCUAUACACCAUCAAACUUUCAGUCGAAUGUUUAGAUCCAUUGUGGAGAUGAAUGUCAGAUUAAUCUGGGGCUUUCACUGAUUUAUUUGGUGAAAUGAAUGAAUAAUGUUGAACUGCAAUGAGAUUUACAAACGCCAGGAAGACCAGGGUGCCUGAUCUGAAACCGACCCGUUCUAACUUGACUGAAAUUUGCAGCUUCUCAAACCUAAGGACACUAGCACCACCUGUGAAGCACGGUGGUGCUAGUGUCAUUCUGUGUGUCUGUUUUACUGCCAGCAGUACUGAUGCAAUGCAAUAAGUGGAUUAGUGCUGAAACAAUUAAUCGAUUCAAUGCAUUGAAGUAAUUGUUAACUAAGUAAUUGGUCAAAUAACUAAACGAUUAAAGCAGUAAUUAAACCAAAACUGUACUAUUUGUAUUUAUAUAUACAUGUCUAUAAAAUAUGCUAGCCAAAACUCUUCAGUUUUUAGAUUUAGCUUAACCAGGUUUAGAUUUAAUAAAGGAAUUCUGUUAUUCUUUUUAGCCAAUAAGAUGUUUAUUUUCUUAUUUAAAAAAGGAACUGAAUUAUUUGUUUAUUUAGCUCUUUUAAUGUGUUUCUAGUAUUGUAUGACAAAGGCUUAAGUGGUUAAAUGAAAAAUCUACAGAAGGUGCCUUUUUUUUAACUCAAUUACUUAUCAGAAUAAUCGAUUACUAAGAUAAUUGUUAGUUAAUGGGUCUCUUGGGGAUGUUGGCCUAACAAAGUGUCUGAAACUGGCACCAGCCAAUUCGGACAGACGUUUGAACCCCUUGAACCAGGUGUGUGAAACUUGAACAAUGAUUCAUCAAAGCUUUUUUUUUUUUUUGGAAUAAUUAGUGCUUGAAUAAUUAAAGCAAAGCAAAAUGUAAUGUUUUUGAACGGCUUUCCCAAAAGCCCCUACCUCAACAUAAAAGAAAAGUGUAUGAAUUAUAUUUAAAGGCUGGGUUUUGUCAUGAAACCAAAAGCAUGUUUAAAGAGAACCUUGCUAAGAAAUAUUUUACCAAACAUCAAUAUUAGGGUAUUUCAUCAUGUCUGUUUAAGUUUCAGAGAGAAAAUCUGUAAUAAAUGUCAAUAUAUCGACAAAACGCAAAAUAACAAAUAAAUAAAGUUGUAUAAUCAUCUACCUUAGGGAAAAAAAUUUCAAUAAGUACUUAAAAGCCCAAACUGAACAGAGCAUUCAUGUCCAUGAAUCCCAAGUUUAUUUCUCAACUUGUGAUUGGAACUGUUUAUGCUACAUAAUGUGUUUUCAACACUUUCAUCAUUCACUUCAUCAAUACCAGCUUCAGCAUUCAACAGAUACAUGGAAAACAUUUGAUUUAAUUUAAUGUUUCUUGUUAUGUGAUACUUGAAUAUCCCUAUUUUGUGAAACAAAGCAUGUUGGCUCAGAACAGCUAAAUUGACCCCAGGAAACGUCAUCAUUUCAGUUUUUUAUUACUGAACAGGUGUCACUCUGUGUGGUGGUCUACUCAUCUCAAAUGAAAGUUUUACAUAGAUUCCUUCAGUCUUUCUGUGAUGGUACAAUAAACUUGAGAUAAAUACAUAUUUUUUUGAAAGUCAAAAUGUCAAGUCUUUUAUUCAUCUGUAUUUUUAAAGAUUUGUUUUUCAUUUUUCCUCAUAAACAUAAAACUGUUGCCUUUUAUUUCCAGGGAUUUGUACGUAAUCUGGAGAAAUCAAUGUGUGUUUUCCAGGUUUCGUUAAGUAUGAGAAAAUAAGACCCUAGCCUUCCUGUGAACCUGCAAGUAAAAUUGAGUAUAGAGAACGGAUGGAGUGUUGAAAUGCCGACUUAGAUUCAUAUACUCUCAGAAUAUUAAAGUGGAAGAUGGAAAAGGAUAAACAUCAUUUGUUUACUCUGACUGAAUCCUUAUGUAGUUAGUGAUACCAUGGAAAGCAACAAUUCAUCAAAAAGAGAAGCAGUUAUUUAAGCUGCAAGCUACUGUGGAGCUGUCCAUGGUCCUGAAAUGGGCCUCAUGUAAUUUUCUUGGGGCACAAUUUGCAAAAGCACCACACUAACCCUUAAUUAUAGUAAGUGUGACAAUUUCACCAACCUAUGGUUUUUUUAAGCAUACAAGUGAUACUUUUCUUUUGUAAAUGCACCCAAACAAUAGGAAAUGAUAUCAAAAGUUCUCAGAUUCCUAUUUUACUUACAAAGAAAACACACAAAAAUAAAAGUGUAGAAUUUGGACUCCACAUAUUUCACCAGAGAACUCAAAUCUUUUCUCUUUGAUCAUAAGUAACUCUUAAAUGUUACGGCUAAAUUCAAAAUAAAUUUUUUAAAGGAGAUGAGCUUUUCACUGCUGCAAUUUGCAUCAACUGUGUGGAAUGAAACAGCAUAACAGCUACCAACUGAGUUUUAUUGGUUUAACAAUUAUCACACAAGUACAACUCUAGACAAAUAAUAA